CGAGGUCAAAUUAGGCACGUAACGGUAAAUGCAGUACAAGCGCCGGGCACGGCAUGUUCUCUCUCCGCCCACCGCACGCGCGAGGAGGGAGAUCGAUUUGGCAGAUGGAGACUACUGGCACUGGCAGCGUAGCGCUGGCGCGAUCCACCUGCGCUCCAACGGCGGUUCGAGCCCGAGAUCGCCGCCUCGCGCCCCGCUGGGUUCGGUGCCGCGCCGCCGUCUCCAUGCCUCCACCGCCGUCCGUACGCACGGUCGCCAUCCCCUUCUCGGACCUCAAGGAGCGGGGCAAGGAUCUGAGCGGCAAGAUCGAGGAAGGGCUCGGCCCCAACGGGCUCGGCAUCAUCUCCAUUUCCGACGUACCUGAUUUCCCGGUGCUAAGGAAGAAACUUCUGCUGUUGGCACCAAGAGUGGCAAGCCUUUCUGAAGAUGUGAAGGAAGAACUCGAAGACCCAGAUAGCAGAUAUAACUUUGGGUGGAGCCAUGGGAAAGAGAAACUAGAGUCUGGGAAACUUGAUACAUUCAAAGGCUCCUACUAUGCCAACCCAAUUUUGGAUGUCCCUACCAUUGAUGAUGAGCUUGUAAGUAGGUAUCCAUCAUACUGCCGGCCGAAUAUAUGGCCAUCUGAUCAUCUUCCUGAGCUUGAAACAGCAUUUAAAGCUCUUGGAAAGCUAAUGCUGGAAGUUGGCUUGAUGUUGGCUCGUCAUUGUGAUCUGUAUGUAAUGAGGCAAGGAGUGGGAUCAUAUGAUGGUGAAAGUCUUGAGCAAACAAUUGCUCGCUCAAGGUGUCACAAGGGCCGUCUGCUGUACUAUUUCCCCAGACAAUUUAGCAAACAGAAAGAAGGUGAUUCUGUUUCGUCGUGGUGUGGAUGGCAUACUGAUCAUGGAUCUCUAACAGGGCUUACAUGUGGCCUGUUUAUGAGAAAUUCAAUCGAGAUCCCCUGCCCAGAUAGUGCAGCUGGGUUGUACAUCAAGACUCGUGACAAUCGAGUAGUUAAGGUUACAUUUGAGGAGGAUGAAUUAGCUUACCAAAUUGGGGAAACCACUGAAAUACUAUCAAGAGGUCGUCUAUGUGCAACUCCACAUUGUGUGCAGGCACCCAGCAGUGAAAAUGCUUCAAAUGUUGAGCGCUCUACUUUCGCAAUGUUCAUGCAACCAGAUUGGAAUCAGACGCUUAAGUUUCCAUCUGAAAUUCCUUAUCACCAAGAGUUGAUCCCACCAAACGGAGCAAUUACAUUCGGGGAGUACUCGGAGAAACUGGUGAACAAGUAUUACGAGGGAAAGACUUGAAUGUCGAGAAAAAACUCCGUAGACCAGUACAGAUACCCUUGGUUCUAGGAAAUGAAAGUUUGUAACUAGUUGCGCCUACAGCCUAUUGCCAAGAUACGCUUUUCCGCGAAAAAAGGAGGAAACUAUUUAUACAUGUACAGCAUAAUACAUUGUAACUGUAAAAAACACAUACAUGCAAAACCAUAGCAGUUGGCGAACUGUGACAAUAUAAGACCAAAUGGUCCACGUGGAGUUGUUAUA